CUACGCUGCCUCUGCCGCCGCCUCGCCGCCACCAUUCUCCCCUCCGCCGCAAAACCCUAGCUCCCAAACCCCUCGCCGCCGCCGCCAUGAUCACCGGCGGCCAGAGCUACGUCUCCGCGCCGCCGGCCUUCUCGGCCGACGGGCGUCUCCUCCUCGCCUGCACCGGCCGCACCGUCUCCGUCUUCAGCGCCUCCACCGGCAUGCUGGUGUCGGAGCUGGAGGGGCACGAGGGGGACGUCACGGCGGUGGUGGUGGCGCCGCCGCCGGUGGCGGCGGCGGCGAAGCUCGCGAGCUACUGCUGGACGGCGGGGCUUGACGGGUUUCUGGUUUACUGGGACUUCGCGGCGGCGGAGCUGGUGCGGAAGGUCCAGGUCGGCCUCCCCGUGCACUCCAUGGUCAUUCCUAACAUAGCCAGAAUAUCGAGAGGAGCUGAAAUUUACACGCCGUUUGCAUUCGUCUCUGUUGAAGACACCAGUAAGCCAUCUAAUGAGAAAUUGCGCGGGCAGUUGCGAAUUUAUGACUUAACCAAAGGGCGUCAAGUGGGUAGUCUUCUGGCUGAGACCCGUAAACCGGAAAUGAUUGUUGCAAGUAGCUCUGGUGAAUUUUUGGGUAUUACAAAUAAGAGAAAGCUCCAUGUAUGGAGGAUACCAACAAAAAAUUUCAAGCCCGACAAGAUAAGGAAGAUAAAGCUUAGCCACACAAAAAACUUGAACACACUGGCCUUCCAUCCAAGUGAGAGAAUUGUUGCUAGUGGUGAUGCAACGGGGCGAAUACUGAUCUGGAGAGGUUUUGGAAAUGCAAAGUUUUCUGGAUCAGAUGGCACAAAAUCUGAACUAGAUGAAGACAGGGGUGAUGUGAGGGGUAAUGGUGAUGCAGAUACUUGCACUACAUGGCAUUGGCAUUCAAGCGGAGUGAGGUUUCUCAAAUUUUCUACUGAUGGAGCUUACUUGUUCUCAGGUGGUAUGGAGGGAGUUAUUGUUGUAUGGCAACUAGAUACUGGGAAGAGAAGAUAUAAACCACGUCUAGGGUCUCCUCUUUUGUCCUUUGUAGAUUCUCCGGAUUCUUCCAUUGCCUGUGUGUCAUGUAUGAAUAACCAAGUCCAUCUUCUAAAAAUGCCCAACAUGGAGGUCAUGAAAUCUAUUGCUGGAAUUAAGCUACCUAUAUCUUCACCAAACCUGGGUGGUUGUUAUCGAGAUGUGUAUGGAUUUGAUUACAGUAACAAACUUGUUGCUGUGCCAACAGAAGAUUAUUGCAUACAGUUCUACGAUUUAUUUGAGAAUACUGAAGUUUCAGAGGUGCAAGUUUGUGAGAGGAACUUUCACCCUGUUGAUGAUAUCACAAUGUACAUUUCCUUAGUUUCAUUGUCAAUUGAUGGUAAGUUUAUGUGCACCAUUGAUGUCAAGCUUCCUGAAGAAGAAUUAGGUGGGCUUGUUACAUUGAAAUUUUGGAACCAAGGGUCUCGUGCUGGACAAUAUUUUUUGUCCACUGUCAUUUAUGAGCCGCACAGCGAUGCUGGAAUUUCUGCUAUUGCUUUCCGCCCUGGAAAAAACAUGGCUGUGAGCUCUUCAUUUGGUGGCAACUUUAAGGUUUGGGUCCAAAGUAUGCUUUCACAACCAAGUGAUGAAAAAAAUCAAUCUGGUUGGAGAUGCCAAUCCGUCGGCUCAUACAAGAAUAAACCUAUGACAGCCGCAACUUUCUCAAGCGAUGGAUCUGUUCUUGCGGUUGCAGCUGAGAAUGUCGUCACAUUGUGGGAUCCUGAUAAUAACACACUUGUUGGUGUGAUUGCAGAGGCACUAUCGCCCAUCACAAAACUUUCGUUCAUUGGGACAUCACCAUUUUUGAUGUCUCUAUCUCAGAGCUCCAAACCACAGGUUGCCAUGUGGAAUGUUCCAAAUCUUUCCAUGCAAUGGUCUUACAGCCUCUUUGCAGAAGCUGCGUGUUGCUCGUCAAGUAGAAGUGAGUUUGCAGUUCUUGCUCUUCUAAGCUGUCCUGAUGGAGAAACACUGGCAGAGCAAGAUGGGGUGAUACUACUUUUCGAUGCAGAAAAUCCAAAGCCUGUUUCUUCCUGGUCAGUAAAGAAGGCAAGGGGAGGCAGCGUUGCUUUUUUGAAGGGUGAUUCCUCUUUGGAUGCAAACAGAAAAGACAGGAUAGAUGGAGAGGCAUCAUCGCUGGUUUAUGUCAACGGUUCUCAUGAGUAUGUUAUAUUUGAUCCCCGAAGCAAUGAAGAAUUGCAUAUUGGCAAGAGUGCACACAAAAAUAUUCAAACUGAGGAGCCUGGACCAAUUGGUUAUGCUUCUAUUUUUGGAGAACUUCCGAAACUGGAGUCAAAGAAAGAUGUUCCAGAAAUUCUAUUUAUACCGUCAGAGAGACCUUGGGAGACUAUAUUCAGUGGAUCAACUCAUGUUCUUCCGCCUCUCACAAAGUUAUGUCCUGCAUUCUUGGCAUCAUUGCUUGAGAAGAGACCAGUUGCAAAUGAGUGAGAAAGUGCCGAAGUUUUGUCCCGUCAUACAAUGCAACAAGGAACCCUGCUAGUUACAAAUGGCAUUGCACAUGAAAUCCUUAUGACUAGUGCUGCCCGAAGCUCGUCCAAUACUGCUGAAGCUGGUUGUGGGCAUUGAUUAUCUGUCAGCUCAGCUCACAAGAGAACACAUGCGAUGAUGGCUACAGCAACGCUGUUGGGUGAAUGAGCCACCCUACCUCUUUUUGUAGGUGAUAUCUAGUGAUCUAUCUUCAGAUCCUAGCAAAUUUUGUUUCCAUAGGCUAAUCUGUAAUUCUGAUAGCAAAAACUAGCUCUUUUUGGUGAAAAUGUAACGCGCUAAGAUAUCCAGUAACACGGUGAGUGAAUGAUGCUGUUUUACUGACUCUGAAUGAAGUGUGUGUUGAUCUGGUAAACUGAAAACUCGAUGCUUCUUUCAGAGUUUCA